UUCAAGUAUUCACUACUAGCCAACAAAACACCAACCAAACCAUCAACAUGAAAUUCUUCGCCGUCUGCUUCUUCGCUGUUGUGGCUGUGGCUGCUGCCAAGCCCGGAAUUGUGGCUCCUCUGGCCGCCGCUCCUCUGGCUUAUACCGCUCCGGCUGUGGUGGGCAGUGCCGCCUACGUGGCCCCCUACGCCUCCAGCUACACGGCUAACACGGUGGCCCACAGCGCCGCCUUCCCCGCUGCCUACACCGCCGCCUAUACCGCUCCAAUUGCUGCCGCCUAUACUGCUCCGGUCGCCGCUGCCUAUACCGCCCCUGUUGCCGCCGCCUACGCCGCCCCUGCUGCCUACACCGCCGCCUACACCUCCCCCAUCGCCGCCGCCUACACCGCCCCCAUCGCCCGCUACGCCGCCACCCCCUUCGCAGCGCCCAUCGCCGCCCCCGUGGCAGCGGCCUACACCGCCCCCAUCGCCGCUCCCGUUCUCCUGAAGAAGUAAACAGGCCGUUUGUGCGUCCCAUCUUGACCAAUCUGUGCAAAUAAAGAAUUGUGAAUACCAACGAA